GCAGGAGCAGCACCAGGGGAUGUGGCAGAAGGACAGGAAUGACAGCUGUUGAUGACACCUAAGAUAGAAGCUUAUCAAGACCACAGCACAUCAAAACACCCAGACUGGGAGUUAAGCAAAAGACAGACUGAAGCCAUUAAGAGAUGGAGCUGCUGAAGGGAUUGCCGUGGCGCCGUGCUUUCCUGGCUGUCAUCUUGAACCUGCUGGCUCUCAGCCUCUCCACCACUGCCUUACUCAGCAGCUACUGGUGCACCGGGACUCAGAAAGUGCCCAAGCCUUUGUGUGAGAAGAGCAAGACCUCCAAGUGCAUCGGUGUCCCCAUGUCACCUGACGCAGGUGCUAGCAAUGUCUCAUCCGAGGACGUGGUGCACUACAGCUGGGAGACCGGGGAUGACCGCUUUGCCUUCAGAUACUUCCACACAGGGAUGUGGCUUUCCUGUGAAGAGAGCAUGGAAGGGCCAGAAGAGAAAUGCCGUAGCUUUAUUGAGCUUUCACCAGCAGCAGACAGAGGAAUCCUGUGGCUGUCGCUGGGAUCAGAGAUGCUGUACAUCAGCUUGCUGCUCAUCAGCUUCAUCCUCCUGAUGGUGGAAAUGCUGCACACUGGCAAUCCUGUCUGUGGGUUGAAAAUCAACGCCUUUGCUGCUGUCUCCUCAGUGCUGUCAGGUCUCCUUGGGAUGGUGGCACACAUGAUGUACUCUCAAGUCUUCCAGGCAACAGUUAAUCUGGGACCAGAGGACUGGAGACCACAUGAAUGGGACUAUGGUUGGGCAUUCUACAUGGCCUGGGUCUCCUUCACCUGCUGCAUGGCCUCUGCUGUCACCACUCUCAAUACCUACACCAAGACAGUGCUGGAGUUCAAAAGAAACCACUUCAAGGGCUACGAUGGAAGCUUCAGGGCUCCGCCUCAGCAUCACCAGUGCUUCAUACAGCAGCAAAUAAGCAGCUACUACAUGCCCCAGGAAAAGCCUCUCCACUCAGUCUCUGAGGGAGUUGACUUCUACUCUGAGCUGCAGCAGAAAGUGUUACAGAGGGAACCAGAGCUGGAGCUGGAUGAGGUCUUGGGACAGAUGAUCGGGGAGGAUCGCUGUUAGGGAUGAGUGCACAGGGGCAAAGCAGCGAGCUUUGGGAGGCACAAGAGCUCUGAACCAAACAGUAGCACCAGAGCUAGCAAGUUCUUGGAGAUCACUUCCUUCUGCAGUUCAGGGAGUGAGAAGGAAAGGUGAGCACAGGGCCAGGGAAACAGCAGUGCUAACAGUAGCAGGAUGAGUCUGUCCUAAUCACCGUUUGACAGGUGUCCUCAGCUGAAAAGGUUGAAAUUAGAGGGACAUCUUGUUGGUGCCAGCUGUCAUUUCAGACAGAGCUGAGGCAGAUGUCCUCAUCCUAGCAGUAUUGCACCUGGGAAUAGUCAACCAGUGCCAUCUGGCUGACAAACUGCAGAGCUGGACCUCUGUAAGUGGGGUCACGUUGACCUUCUAGCAACACCCCUGGUUCAGUGCUACGGUGAAGGGCAUAGGUGUGAUAGUGACUGGCUGUGAUCCUCUGAACACCCUUUUGGUUUUUCAUUUCCAGGCCCAACCUCUUCUUCUCCCUGCCACCACAUUAAAAGAGCUGCUGCAGUAGGAACAGGGGGGUUGCUUUCAGACAUCUCUCUCCGCUCCGUAGUGACUCCCACAUGCUCCCUUCUUGCUUCCUCCCCCCAAAAAAAUCCCUUUUUGAGGUACUUUCCUGUCUGCCUCUUUCUACUGUGCUUCUCCACAGCCUUUAAGAAGCUUUGGCUCAGAUUUGUGCUUUUUUUCUUUGCUUCUCCCCCUCUCUCCUGUUUCCCCCAUUGUAAAAAUCCCCCAGACUCAUCAUCUCUGGAAGGUGAAGCACUGUUUUAAAUGACACAUGAUGCUGUACACAGUAUUUAUUUGCUCCACUGCAGUUCACAGUUCAAAUACAUUUUCCCAACAAUA